AUGAAGUGGAUCAACGUGAUGCUGGUGUGCCUGUUGUUUGGGUUUAGCCUGCAGCCCAUAGAUGGCAAGAACAUACAUGUGUCCUCUGUCAAAUGUUGCUACAUAUUUGCAUCUAAAAAGAUUUACAAGCCAAAGAUCCUGUGUUACAGAAACACCAGUUCCACCUGCUCCUACAACAAUGCUGUGAUAUUCAAGAUGAAGUUCGGAAGAGAGAUCUGUGCCUUAAAGACAGAGACCUGGGUUAAUGAUUACCUUAGCCAGAUAAAGUACUGCUCCUGA